AUGACCCUAGUUGCCCUGGUGUGGGGGUCUGUGCUCCUCAUUGCCGGUGUGGCUCAUCUGCGCGAGGUAUCAACACAACGUUCACUACUUCAAGAUGACGAUGGCCUCAUCUCUCUGCUACAACUGAGACAACAGUACGCUGACUUCAACGUCUCUGGGCGAAUUGGGUUUCCGCAGGUCAGGAACUCAUCGUUUGCGCCGGAGUACAAGUCGAUUCAAUGGAUCUCGGAGCCUGAUUCGUUCAAAGACGAUAAGGGGACAUUCGCAACUAGCGAUAAGGGGAAGUACCUUGUUAAAUCCAUCCAGGAUGACAAUUACGAGAAGUACUUGUUCAAUUCGUCACAUUUCUUCUUUGAUCACAUCAAUUAUACCAUCUCUGCGUUCGUUGCAAGCCCAAACUUGGAGAUGGCUAUUGUGCAAACGAACUGGACUCAACAUUGGAGACACUCGUCGUUUGCUCUACACUGGGUGUUGGACGUUGAAACACAGCGGAUCACCCCGUUGAGCUCUGAGAAGUUGUCGUUCGCUACGUGGUCCCCAACGUCGACACACAUUGCCUAUGUCUUGGACAAUGACGUUUACGUCUACGACUAUAAGACCCACACGUCAACAAGAGCUUCUUUUGACGGAGGUGACGAAAUAUUCAAUGGUAAGCCGGACUGGGUGUAUGAGGAGGAGGUGUUCGAAGAUGAAAGCGCACUGUGGUGGUCUCCAAAAGGUGACUAUGUUGCAUUCUUGAGGACAAAUGACUCUUUGGUACCAGACUUCCCAAUCACCUAUUUCGUUCAGGAUGAUUCUCCUUACCCAGAGCUAAGAGAGAUUAAGUACCCUAAACCAGGCUAUCCAAAUCCAAAUGUUUCAUUGGCAUUGUACAAUAUCCAUUCUAAUGUCACGGAUUACAUUGAGUACCAGGAUGAUAUCUUUACAGAGGUUGUUUGGGUCGGGAACGAGCAACUAUUGUUGAAAUCAGUCAACAGAGAGGCAGACUUCUUAAAAGUUGUUUUGAUAAACGCCCACAGUUCGUCUAUAAGCAUAGUUAGAGAUGAAGAGACUGAUAGCUGGUUUGAAAUCACCCAUGAUACGUUAUUCAUCCCAAAAUCGGAAACACGCGAGCUUGAUGGUUAUAUCGAUACUGUGUCUGUUAAUGGUUAUAACCAUUUGGCAUACUUCACUCCUCCCAACAAUUCAACUCCAAAAUUGUUAACCCAGGGCGAGUGGGAAGUUGUCGAUGCACCUUCUGCGUUUGACUAUGCAAAAGAUUUGGUGUACUUCUUCUCAACCGAGGUUUCAUCCAUUGAAAGACAUUUAUAUUCUGUGGAUAUCCAUUCAGGUGAGAUUAAAUCACUCACCAAAGGUGAAGCUUGGUUCUCUGCGUCCUUCUCUUCAGGAGCAAGAUACGUUUCCUUGACCAAGAGAGGUCCUGGGAUUCCAUCGCAGAGUUUAUUAGACUUAUAUACUGGGGAUUCAAGACCUUUAGAGACAAACGACAAAUUGUCACAUUUAUUGGAAGAUUUUGAAAUACCUGAGAAGGUUUAUGGCGAAGUUGACAUUGGAACUGCAAAGGUUAACUACGUUGAAAGAUUACCACCACAAUUUGACCCGAAGAAGCAAUACCCAAUGUUGUUCUUCAUGUAUGGAGGUCCAGGUUCACAGCUGGUUACAAAGACAUUUUCGUUGGGAUUCCCUGAAGUUGUGUCGGCCCAAUUAGACGCCAUUGUUGUCACUGUUGAUGGUCGUGGUACAGGAUUCAAAGGACGUGGCUUCAGAUCCCUUGUCAGGGAUAACUUGGGCCAUUACGAAGUUAUUGAUCAAAUUGCAGCUGCAAAGCAUUGGUCGCAGAAGAAGUACAUCGAUUCCACCAGAAUUGCGAUAUUUGGAUGGAGCUACGGAGGCUAUAUGACCUUGAAAACGCUUGAGCGUGACGCAGGAGAAACCUUUAGCUACGGCAUGUCAGUAGCCCCUGUCACAGAUUGGGCACUCUACGACUCUGUAUAUACAGAGAGAUAUAUGCAUACGCCGCAGAACAAUGCUGACGGUUAUGCUCAAUCAGCAGUGCAUAACAUCACUCAAUUGAUGAAGGCCAAGAGGUUCCUUCUAUGUCACGGAACUGGUGAUGAUAAUGUACAUUUCCAAAACAGUGCAAAGCUAUUGGACAAGUUGGACUUGGCUGGUGCUGAGAACUACGAUCUCCAUGUAUUCCCAGAUUCCGACCAUGCAAUCAGAUACCACAACGCCAAUAGUAUCAUCUACGACAAGUUAUUCUCAUGGUUGGACCAUGCAUUCAAGGGAGACUACUUGAGUGCUUUUCAAAGAUAA